CAAAAUUAUAUUUAUUUUUAAAAUAUGUAUCACAAACUUAUGUUUACAUUAUUUCAUUUUUAUCAAUUUAUAUUGUUUUAUUAUGCAAUUGAAAUCAAUGGUAACAUUAAUUCCAAUUCAAUAAAUGAUAAUGUUAAAUAUGAACCAAAUUGGGAUUCAUUAGAUAAACGUCCAUUACCAGCAUGGUAUGAUGAAGCAAAAAUUGGUAUAUUUAUACAUUGGGGUGUAUUUUCUGUGCCUAGUUAUGGGACUGAAUGGUUUUGGUGGAUGUGGCAAGGUGAUCCCAAUCGAAUGCGUCAAAUCCCAGAAUAUAUGCGUAAAUAUUAUGAACCAGAAUUUGCAUAUGCUAAUUUUGCCAAACAAUUUCAUGCAGAAUUUUUUCAACCUAAUGAAUGGGCUGAUCUAUUUCAAAAAUCCGGUGCACGUUACGUGGUACUAACAGCAAAACAUCAUGAAGGUUUUUGUAAUUGGCCAUCGGUUAAUUCAUGGCAAUGGAAUUCCAUGGAUAUUGGUCCAAAUCGUGAUUUAGUCGGUGAUUUAGCUGCAUCAAUUCGUAAUAGAACAAAUCUUCGAUUUGGUGUUUAUCAUUCAUUAUUUGAAUGGUUUAAUCCAUUGUAUUUACAUGAUAAAGCAAAUAAUUUUACAACACAAACAUUUGUUGCACAAAAAACAAUGCCAGAAUUAUAUGAUUUAGUGUUACGUUAUAAACCAGAAGUAAUUUGGUCUGAUGGUGAUGCUGGUCCAGAUACCUAUUGGAAUUCAACACAUUUUCUUGCAUGGUUAUAUAAUGAAUCACCUGUAAAAGAUACAGUUGUUACAAAUGAUCGUUGGGGUCAAGGAUGCCUUUGUAAACAUGGCGAUUAUUAUACAUGUGAUGAUCGUUAUCAUCCAGGAAAAUUAGUUAAACAUAAAUGGGAAAAUUGUAUGACAUUAGAUUGUUGUUCAUGGGGUUUUAGACGAGAAAUUACAUUAAGUAAUGUACUGACACCAGAGCAACUUAUCAAAGAUGUCAUUGAAACAAUUACUUUUGGUGGAAAUAUUCUUAUUAAUGUUGGACCAACUGCAUGGGGAAAAAUUUCACCGAUUUAUGAAGAACGUUUAUUACAAUUGGGAGAAUGGUUAUCAAUCAGUGGUGAAGGUAUUUAUGGUACUAAACCAUGGAGAAUUCAAAAAGAACCAAAACUUGAUUUUGUUUGGUAUACCUAUAAAAAACCAAAAACUGAUGAAAAUUGGAUUAAAUUUCUAGAAAAGCCAUUUUUAUAUUUAAUGAAAAGAAUAUCUCGUAUUAAACAGAAUCCAGCCAUAGUUUAUGCUCAUUUAACAAAAUGGCCAGCUGAACAUUGUGACAAUUUACCAGAAGCACUACAGUCAUUGUCCAAAUACCGAUCAAUAAGAUCAAUAUUACAUUGUAAAAGAGAAUUACGCCUUGCCUCAGUUAAUGCUCAACCGAAUCUGUCUGAAUUCAUUUUAUUGGAUGGAACUUCAACUGGUAUGAUAUUAUCUUUUGAAAUAAUGGAUAAAAUCACAAAUAAUGGUGUGAUUAUUCAUUUACCUGAUUUAAUAGUUCACUCUGAUGAGAGAAAAACAUUGAAAUAUGCAUGGACAAUACGUAUGGUGAAUGUAUUUUAACAAUCAAUUACUUUAUGACAUGAUCUCAGUUCAAUCAACAAUACACAGAGAGUAUCUAAUCUAAUCUAUGCUAAUCAAACAGGUUAUUAAUAUUGAUUUGAACAUUGAUUUGAACAUUGAACAUUGUGUCAUAUUUCAUGAAGUGACAAAAAUGGAACUGAAUUUCUAAUGCUUUUUUUUUCACUUAGAAUAUUUUGUUUCUUUUUGUAAAGAACAUGCAAUUGAAUGCAAUUGAAGGAGUAAAUUUACACACUUUAUCUUGAAGUGUUCAAUAUUCAAUGCUCUGCUGAUUGAAUAUUUAUGCGCUACAAAAAUAUUUUUUAUAAUAAUUGUCAUUUUAUGAGUGUAUUUCAAAGUGUUUUAUUGAAUUUUUUUCGUUAUGAAAACCUGGUAAAUUGGUAUCAUCUGCUUUUUGUCUACAUUCAAUUUGAUUAUUUUGAUAAAAUGAAUUUAUAGGCUAUCGAUUUUUUUGUGUGUUUCUAUUUUUAAAUAUUAUUAUGAUAAAAAAUGUCGAAAUUAUCUUUCUUCUUUUUAAUGAUAGUUUUUCUUGUUGAGGAUGUUAGAUCUACAGAACUCGCU